UAACCACUUCCAGAAUGUGUAUGGCUAUGUCUGAGGGUGGCCAUCCUUGGGGAUAGUUGUCUUUGGGUGGUUGCAUGCCAUGCCUAAUGUGUGUCUGUUUCUCUAUAAUGCACAGGGCUAUAGCCACAGGUAUCUCAGUGUGUAGCUGUGUGUAGAGAAAGAACUGACCAUGUAAGUGUGACUGUGACACUGUGACAGAAGACUGUGUGACUGAUUCUGUGACCAAAUGUGAGCAACUAUGACUAGAUAUGAUGGUGUGACAAUGUGUGACCAAAAAAGGUAUGUUGGUGUGACUGAUACAGUUGGCGUUGGAUGUCCAUGUGCAAGCAUGGCUGUGUGUGGUCUUUAUGAGACCAAAUGUGUGUCAGUCAAUCUGUGUGCUUCCACGACCAGAUGUCAGUGUGCAGCAGUGGAGAUAUGUGUGACAAUUGUGUGUAGCUGUGAUAAUGUUACUUUGUGACUGGGUGACCAAAUGGGUGAACUCUGACUGGGUGUGAUUCUGUCUGGGUGGGCCUGUGAUGUGGCUAUCUUGGGUGGCACCUGAUUGUACACGUGCCACUCUGGUGGGUGUGCCUGAGCCCAGCUCUUUUUGUGUGGCUGAGAAAAUGGAAGUGACCAAAUAUCCGUAGCUGGUGUGACCAGGUGUCUGUGGUGGGGCCAAUGUGGGCUGAGACACUACAUGCAUGUGGACAAAUAUCUGUAAUAGAGACUCUGUGUGUCUGUAAACACGAACAUGUGACCAGAUAUUUAUAGUGGCAGUUGUCUGUGGUUGUAAUUAUGUGUUCUGUGUGAUCUGAGGUGUGUAGCUGUGAUCAUGUCUGUGUUUAACUGUGCAGAGCUGUGACAACUGUGUUUUGCUCUGAACAUGUGUUUAGAGGGCAAGGCCACUCUCUCCUCACACCAUCCCCUUGGUUAUUGAGGGCCUCCUGAAUCCAGUACAGCCCCAAUAACUGCCCCCCCCACCUACUCAUUUUGGGGCCCUUAGAACCAGGUGGCUGAUCUCCCUGGUAAUAGUUGCUAUGACAACUAGGGCUCUCAUCAGGUAGCCUGAGAUGGAGGGGUUGGCUGAAGUCCAAAGGUGGAGUCAUGGGGGACUGAGCCCCACCCCCAACUUACUUCUCAAAUUUUCUUCCCUCUCUUGGGCAGGACAGACCCAGGAGGCCUGAGCGGCAUCUGCCCCCAGCCCCUUGUGGGGCCCUGGGGCCCCCUGAAACCUCCAGGACGGAGCCAGACGGGGCAGGCACCAUGAACAAGUUACGGCAGAGUCUACGGAGGAGGAAGCCUGCUUACGUGCCAGAGGCAUCACGCCCGCACCAGUGGCAGGCAGAUGAGGACGCGGUGCGCAAGGGCACAUGCAGCUUCCCGGUCAGGUACCUGGGCCACGUGGAGGUGGAAGAGUCCCGAGGGAUGCAUGUAUGUGAAGAUGCUGUAAAGAAGCUGAAAGCAAUGGGCCGGAAGUCCGUGAAGUCUGUCCUCUGGGUGUCAGCCGAUGGGCUCCGAGUGGUAGAUGACAAGACCAAGGACCUGCUGGUAGACCAGACCAUCGAAAAGGUCUCCUUUUGUGCUCCUGAUCGCAACCUGGACAAAGCUUUCUCCUAUAUCUGCCGUGAUGGGACCACCCGCCGCUGGAUCUGCCACUGUUUCCUGGCACUCAAGGACUCC